GGAAAGCCGCGGCCUUCGCCCCUCCUUCGCCUCGGCGCGUCCUGGAAGCAGCGCCGCCUCUUGCCCGGCGUCACUUCCCCGAGAGCAGCUGGAGAAGGAGAAGAUGGCGGCGCUGGGGGAGCCGGUGCGGCUGGAGAGAGACAUCUGUCGGGCUAUUGAGUUGCUGGAAAAGUUGCAAAGGAGCGGAGAUGUGCCCCCACAAAAACUACAGGCUUUGCAAAGGGUCCUUCAAAGUGAAUUCUGCAAUGCUGUGAGGGAGGUAUAUGAGCACGUGUAUGAGACUGUGGACAUCAGCAGUAGCCCAGAAGUGAGAGCUAAUGCCACAGCCAAGGCCACUGUUGCUGCCUUUGCUGCCAGUGAGGGUCAUUCCCAUCCCAGAGUCGUUGAACUACCAAAAACAGAAGAAGGGCUCGGAUUCAACAUCAUGGGCGGCAAAGAGCAAAAUUCUCCAAUCUAUAUAUCCCGAAUUAUCCCAGGUGGUAUUGCUGAUAGACACGGGGGAUUGAAGCGUGGAGACCAGCUUCUUUCUGUAAACGGAGUGAGUGUUGAAGGGGAGCACCAUGAGAAAGCCGUGGAACUGCUAAAAGCAGCUCAAGGGAAAGUUAAGCUGGUUGUACGAUACACACCCAAAGUCCUGGAAGAGAUGGAGUCACGAUUUGAGAAAAUGAGAUCGGCAAAACGCAGGCAACAGAAUUAAUGUUUUACCAUAUAACUUAAGGAAAAGCAUGAACUUUGCUUGUCGGGAAACGUCAUCUUAUAAUUAGAAAAGGAUGUCAAUUUCAUUAACGCUUUGUCUUUUACAAAUAACUCUUGAACAUCUUAAUGCUUCUGAGAAGAAAAGUUUACAUGGGUGUUUGUAGCUAUGUGGUUUUACAGAUCCUUUCUUUAAAAUUCAAACCUGUAACCAUCAGAACAAAUUUGUAAAGUGUUUUUAAAAUACAUUUUAAUAAGCUUUUUUCAGCAUUUGUAACAUCUGUUUUCUACUACUUUUUCCCCAUUUGGCAUUACUUAAAACUGGAAAUCUUUAUUUUGGAUACAGAUGUAAAACAAGUCUUACUCCUUUUUGGCACUAAAUUUAGUCUUCUACAUACAGGUAGUCAUAAUUAUGUGGUCAAGUACAAUUAGUGCUUUUGAUGAACAAGUUUCUAUGCAUGUUCUCAAUCAUAACUUUAUAUGGUUAAUGACAUCUUGGACACUUUCUUACCUCUUUUGUGAAUAAUUUGUAACAGACAGUCUCUUAUAUUUAAUGUUUCGGUGAUUGACAUCACUAGCAGCAAUCAUUCCUAUAAUUUAGAUACUUUUGUACUAAUUUCUGAAUACUUGGAGGAAGUGGAAAGCAUACCUGACUGUAGUUGUGUAUUUAUAUUCAGUAAGGUAAAGUUGCAUGCAGUGCAGAAAAGAUUGUAUAUGUACUCCAGACUUUCUUCUAUUGUAAGUUACUUCUGCAACUGUGUCUACUUGUUCUCUUAACAGUGAUGGAUGUGACCCACAUCAGGUACCUUAGUGGGUGGUGCACUCUUCCUUACUAGAGCACCAGAGUUCUUUCAGUAUGCUGUUUGCAGUUGUCAUAGUGACACAGAAAAGCUAACAGAUACCGCAAAUUCUUUUGUAAAAACACUCAGGCAGCAGACACUACUCUCUAUCAGAAAAGGCAUUCCUUGCUUGUGUAAAUCCACUGGGCAUGCUUCUAACCCAAAGUGGAUAGCAUUUUAGUAUGUCACAUAUAGUUCCCCCCCCCCAAGUUGUCUAUAAAGUAAGUACAAAUCCACAACUGAGGUUUCAGCAGAUGGCCUGUGCUAAGAGAGAGCUAGUAUGUCUGGGGUGCUUAGAAAAUAUCCACCUGGAGUGCAAAGAAAUCCUCUUCUGUAGUCUGGGAAUCUCUAUAAAGAGAUUCAUGUGGCUGGUGAUCUGCCAAAGUUAUAUUGUGGUGGGCUGUGCUUUGCAACUAAAGAUUCCUGUUUAUCCCUUCAGACUACUGUGGAUGAACAUGGCUGACCAACCUAGUUCCUUCAUGCCAUGGCUUCCAGAUGCUCUACCUCAAAACUGCAAACCCUUGAAGCUCUGUUUAAGUUUAAAGUUGCCUCACUCUUUUAGCAUAAGCUGCCAAGCCAAAACAAAGUACUUGCAGCAGCUGGAGACACAUAAUUUUCAGCCAAGCCCCACAACUGUACAAGUUCAUCUUUCUGGGGUUUAGAAGAUCAGUUAGCAAAGAGACUCUUUGCUUUUGCAAAUAUGGUUUUGGUUUUUUAAAAAUCUUGUCGUUGGUAGUGAUGUGGUCACUAAAGUGUCAGUGAGCUUGCUAGACCUGUGUGAUAACUGUAGUGGAAGUGGAUAAUGAGUUCCUGCAGACAUUACUGACAUGCAUUAUAGAUGCUUUCAUUGCUGCUCAUGUUACUGUACUGGGUUAAACCCUCCAACUUUAUUUAAACAGAGUGCUACUUAAACUUGCUUAUAGACUGUAUAGUUUAAUCCUGGAAGCAUUUGCAUCACUUUCAGCUGUU